GUCCAACCAGGACAUAAUAGAGGAUAUUCGCUAUGGCAACAGUCAGUCCUACGGAGCGGAGCUUCUUAAAGAGCUGCUCAAACUACUACCUGAGACCGAAGAGGUGAAGAAACUUAAAGCGUUCCGAGGCGACCCCUCUAAACUCUCAUUGGCCGAUUCCUUCAUGUUCCUGCUCACCCAAGUGCCCAGUUUUGAGGUGCGUAUCAAGGCCAUGGUACUUAGAGAAGUGUUCCCCCAGCCUGUGAGAACAUGAGUCGCGACAUUGAUGUCCUACGAACCGCCACAAAGGUGAGGUCCCCACCUGUCUCCUCUAAAGGUGAGGUCCCCACCUGUCUCCUCUAAAGGUGAGGUCCCCACUUGUCUCCUCUAAAGGUGAGGUCCCCACCUGUCUCCUCUAAAGGUGAGGUCCCCACUUGUCUCCUCUAAAGGUGAGGUCCCCACCAGUCUCCUCUAAAGGUGAGGUCCCCACCUGUCUCCUCUAAAGGUGAGGUCCCCACCAGUCUCCUCUAAAGGUGAGGUCCCCACCAGUCUCCUCUAAAGGUGAGGUCCCCACCAGUCUCCUCUAAAGGUGAGGUCCCCACCAGUCUCCUCUAAAGGUGAGGUCCCCAAAUCCACCUGUCUCCUCUAAAGGUGAGGUUCCUAAAUCCACCUGUCUCCUGGGGCGGCAGGGUAGCCUAGUGGUUAGAGUGUUGGACUAGUAACCGGAAGGUUGCAAGUUCAAACC